AAUGGAUGAACACAUCAGACGCAGCUAUGGCACAGAAAUGUCGGAUAGCAGGCUACUGUUUGGAGAAACAUCUACCUGGAAUCGAAUCGUUUACCUUGCAGUUGGUGGAUUUACAUCUGUUUUUGUGAUAAUAACCAUCAUCAGUUCGUUCGUGUUUCCAACACCUGCUCCAAACGCUUUGAACGUCUUCUUCGGCAUCUGCAUCAUCAUGAUCUGCUCCUCAGUGCUGGUUCUGAUAUUUUGGUAUCGGCAAGGUGACCUGGAGCCCAGAUUCAAGCACCUCAUCUAUUACACCAUAGCCUCAAUUAUCCUGCUUUGUUUAUGUGCAAACCUUUACUUCCAUGAUGUUGGGAGAUAAGCAUUGUUCAUACACCUUACACUACAACAAAUCUUUACAAUGUUUUCCUCAUGUACUAAAACAUGAUCACAAGCAAAUAUAUGAUUAUAUAAUUUGUCAUGUAAGUGAGUAGAGAAAAUCACACAUGUACUGAAACCUUUGUCUUUAAUGUAUUGAAUAAAUAAUGCUGUUUGACCCAUUCAAAUAAACAUAUUUGUGUAUAGGGAGAAAUAUAUAUGCACACCUGUCAUUGUCAAACUACGAAGUCUACCAGGAAAAAUUAUAAAUAAAAAAGAAGAACCUUGAGUACACAAGUGGAGAAAUAAAAAAAUAAAAAAUUACAGAUGCUUUCAAAUAAAUGUACUGUAUGAUGCAAUUAAGCAAUUAACAUGAUGUCAUAGUCUUUGGAAUGUAUAAAAAUGCUGGGCAAGCCCACUUGACCAACUGGAACAAAAAAUAAAUCUAACGCACUUUACAAUGGGGUUCAUUAUUGGGGCAUUGAUGCAGGGGAGUGGUAGCUCCAGUGGUUAAGGUGCCGGGUUACUGAU